AUGCCUAUUUGCGGAUGUUGCUUUAUAUAACAUAAAAAUGAAUUAGAUAGUUCCUUAGUCAAUAACAACUUGAAUUAGUAGGAGUAAGUAAAUCAAAAAACAAGAAACCAUUGUAGAGUAGGAAUAAUCACAAAAGAUCAGCAAAAAAUACUAAAAGCCCAUAAAAAUAAUAAAAGUCCUCUUUAGAGGAGGGGCUUUUAUAAAUUUCUGAGAAAGGAGGGAAAAAAGUAUGUUAAGAAAAUAAAUAAAAAACGUCGAAAAUAAUAGAAACACUCCUUUUUUUUUUAUUUUGUGUUUGCUUUAGAUUUAUGUUUUGGAACGAUCUAAUAUCUGAUUACUAUCUAACAGUCAAUCUAUUUAAUUAUUACGCUGAAUGUAAACUCAGAUAGAGGACAUAUCUUACUACGCAAUAUUCUCAAUAAAAUACGAAAUGUAAAUCUAUUUGCUUAUCUUAUCGCCUUGGAUUUUUAAGCAAUUUAAUCAUUUAUGUUAAGAAGUUAGAAGCGGUUCGUCAAAGAAAAUACAAAAUUUUUAGAAUAAAUUACAUUUUUUUUCAUAAUAUUUAAAAAGGGAGUCUUUUUAAAAAAAUUUCUUUAUUUCAUAAUUUUACUCAAGUCAUAGCCUAUCACAAAUCAUUAGAGGCAUAUUUAAUUAUUCCUUUUUAACACCUCCUUGGUGAGCUUACAUUUUUAAUCAAAGUAAAACUCAGCUAGGAACAUAAUUUGCAUGAUCCGCUACCUCAUUUUUGAAGUUUGCUAAACUCUUGCUUUUAGUUAUUGCUAUAUAAAUUAUUUUCUGUGA